AUGAGUUACCAGAGCUUAGGGGAUUCCAACUCAGGCGGCUACGGCCAGUACAACCCGUACGGAAGUCAGCAGCAGAGCAAUCCCUAUGGAGGACAGGAACAACAGCAGAGCUACGGAUAUGGUGGUGGUUAUGACCAGGCUGGUGCUGCAGAGCAGGGAAAUGGUGGCUAUGAGAUGUCCAACAUCAACCAAGCCUCAUCUGGUGGCCCAACUGGGAUUCUGAACAAGUGCAAAGAGCUGAACGAGGGAAUCAACGAGCUGACCAAGAAGCGCGAGACCCAAUUGGUCGCCGCCCAAAAGGCCCUUUUGGACUCGAGCACCGGCAAGGAAGACCAGGCCUCGCGCCAAACCCUCGACUACAUUGAGGAUGAGAUUAAUACCGCGCUGCGCUACCUGCGCGAUCAGUUCAAGCGUAUCAAGGAGACCCCUGGAUCCGGCGACUCGCGCGUGCAGGGCCAGGUCGAGAAUGUCAGUCGCAACCUGCGCCGUGAGAUUGAGCAGUACCAGCGCACACAGAGUGACUUCCAGAAGCGCCUGGAGGAGCAAGUGCGCCGCCGAUACGAGAUUGCCAACCCCGAGGCUACCCCCGAGGAGUUGGAACAGGGUGUGCAGAAUGUCCUCAUGGGACAGGAGCAGAGCUUUGUUGUUCCCGGUACUCGCACUCGCCAGGCCAAUGAUGCCCGUCAGGCUACUCUGCAGCGUUCCGCCGCCAUCCGCAAGAUCGAGCAGGAUUUGAUCGAACUGAGCCACCUAUACAACGAGGUUGCAGAGCUGGUGCAGCAGCAAGAGCCUGCAGUCCAGCAGAUUCAACACGGAGCCGAGGAGACACACCGCAACGUCGAGCAGGCCAACACCAAGCUUGACAGCGCUAUUCAGAGCGCGAAGAACGCCAGGCGCUGGAAGUGGUAUGCACUGAUUAUCAUCAUCAUCAUUAUUGGUAUUGUCGUCGGUGUGGCCGUCGGUGUCACCGAGGCCAACAAGAGCAAGUAG